GAAGGUAACUGCGGCUGCCCAGAAACAGCUUGCCCAUCUUUGGCAUAGCUCUAAUAUCUACAUGCACCCCCCAAUCCAGGAGUAUGCCGAGAAGCUACCUUCACUGCUCCCAGAUCCGCUUAAGGUGGUUUUUCUGACCAACAGGGGGUCAGAAGCCAAUGAUCUGGCAAUGUUUCUGGCAAGGUUACAUACUUGUAGCUUCGACAUCAUCUGUUUCAGAGGAGCGUACCACAGAGGCAGCUCCUACACGCUGGGAGUGAGAUCUGUUGGUUACUAUAAGCAUGACUUUUCCAGUGUCUUUGGCUGCGCAAAGUGAACAAUGUUGCCAGAUGUUUUUCGUGGUCCAUGGGGAGGCAGCCACUGCAGAGAUUCUCCAGUGCAAACUAUUCGAAAAUGCAGCUGUUCUGAAGGUGUGUGUCAUGCAAAGGACCAGUAUAUUGAACAGUUCCAAGAAACUCUGAAUACCUGUGUGCCAAAAACAAUAGCUGGAUUUAUCGUUGAACCAAGUCAAGGUGGUAAUGGAACUGUUCACUACCCAAAAUGUUUCUUGAAGGAAGUUUUUCAGCUAGUAUGGGAAAGAGGAGGCCUCUGUAUUUCAGACAAAGUGCAGACAGAAUUUGGACGGACAGGCAGCCGUUUCUGGGGAUUUCAAACCCACGAUGUACUCCCUGACAUUGUUACAAUGGCAAAAGGAAAUGGGAAUGGUUUCCCAAUGGCAGCAGUUGUUACAACAAAAGAGAUUGCAAGUGCCUUGGCUCAGAACCUUCGCUUUAAUACGUUUGGAGGAAACCCUGUGGCUUGCAUAGUGGGAGCUGCAGUUCUUGAUGCUAUUGAAGAUGGGCUACAACAAAACAGUGAGGAGGUGGGAACGUACAUGCUCCUAGAGCUCGCUAAAUUCCACAAUAAGUACGAAAUUGUUAGAGAGGUCCGUGGGGUAGAAAUAGUCACAAAUAAGGGCAACUGCCACCCUCUUCCAAAUGAAGAAUUUGGUCAGAUCUGGGAGGACUGUAAGGACAUGGGAAUACUCCUUGGCAGAGGAGGGCUCUAUCAUGCGACAUUUAGAAUUAAGCCUCCCCUGUGUAUUACUAAAAAGGACGCGGAAGUAUUUUGGACUGCAUUAGAGAGACACGUGGAAAGAGCAGCUGCCAAAUAG